AUGACGGGGCCCGAAAAAUCCCCGGAUGUUGCGGAACAAGUUUCGUUUGGAGGCACCGCAUAUUCAAAUGAACCAUCGGUUGAAGUUGCCUGGGCAGUGCAGGUAACAGAAGUGGAAUUAAAGGGUGAGAAUAAGCAACGAUGGUACACAUUCUGUGAGCAUUUUAGGGAAGAAAUAAAAGACUAUAAUUUGGGGACGAUUAUGAGGAUAGGCGCUGAUGGUGCGUACACCGAAACAAAUACAAUCAUCGUCCCAAAGAUCAUAUAUUUGGCGAUCGAGAUUGCCCGGAACAAAGAAGGUCUCAACGAAAGACAUAAGGAAAGUUUCAAGAUCGAGCACGAGAAAAUUAGCCGUGAAGGAGGCAAUAUAUGCUAUCCAUUCUGUGCUUGCUUAGUAGUAUUUUUAAAGGCUGCCGAAAGGGCAAGCAUUCAUAUGAGCCUGCUGAUGGCUUGCGAUACAAAAAUGCUAACGAUGCAUAAGAAGCACAAUGAUAUUUAUGAGAAAUUCCGGGAAAUGUUCCCCGAUCUGAACGUUGAAAGGGUAACAGAAGUGGAAUUGAAGGGUGAGAAUAAGCAGCGGUGGUACACAUUCUGUGAGCAUUUUAGGGAAGAAAUAAAAGACUAUAAUCUUGGGACGAUUAUGAGGAUAGGUGCUGAUGGUGCGUACUCCGAAUCAAAUACAAUCAUCGUCCCAAAGAUCAUAUAUUUGGCGAUCGAGAUUGCCCGAAACAAAGAAGCACUGUAA